CAGCUUGUUGCAUAAAUAUCAACGAAAUAGUGAUAAUAAUUAACAAUAUGAUAGUGAAUUAAUUAUUUUAAGUAUGCUUUAAAAUGAGUUAAUAAAAUGUAUUAUAUGGCCCAAACAAUUGUUUUAAAAUUUCGUAUAUAAUUUAAACUUGUACAGAAAUUAUAUACGAAAUUUGUAGUAUGUUAUUAGUGAUAGUACAAAACGUUUUAAAAAAAUCAGAGUGAUGUCCUGUAUACAAGUAGACCCAACUGUGGCUCAUCAACAAUACCGUAAAGCUGAACAUUUUUUAAAAUCAGGAAAGUUUGAAGAGGCCAUUUCAUGUCACCAAAGAGCAGCAGGUUUGUUACAGGAUGCCUUAAAGCAGACAAAUUCAGAUAAAGCCAAAGAAUCCCUUAUUCUUCAGAGUGAAUUUCAUCUUCGUCAAGAAGCAGUUGUUCGAUACAAGCAAAAUAGCAAAGGUAUUUCAAAAAAGGCUCGGGAAAACAUAAAAGCUGAACAAGAAACCUGUAAUGAAGAUGAAUCUGUAGGAGAACAAUCUCCCAGUAGCGUAGAGCACAUUCAGUUUGCAAUAUUACAAACCAUGGCAGAAAAUGAUUAUUUGCUUCAGUUUCUAAUUCAACCCAGCACUACUUUAGUUGAGUCUUCAUUAGCUACUAAUUUAUGUGAAAGUAACGCGCAAGGUGCAGUUUACACACCCAGAAAUGACAAAGCACUGAUUCAAGAAUUGCAACUAAAUAAUGAAGACUUGAAGAGGUUGCUUCAGCAGUUGACAGUGGAACUAGAGCGGGUAACACGGGAGAAUGAGCACCUUCGAAACAUUGUUGAAGAGUUACAGAGAAAAACCAUUUGGCAGGGAACUAGAAGAUUACAUAUGAUUAAUGACCUAAAUUCUCACUACCCAUUUUCUUCUGUUAAUGACCCAAGCAGUGGUUUAAGAGACCUCCCAGCCCUGACCCCUUUAGAAGUGCCAAAUUUUGAUUUUGCUUUGUUAAAAAAAGAAGCAACGAGAACAAAUUUGUGAGAGACAACUAAACAAGUUGUGCAUGUGGUCUUGCAAAGCUAAGACGUUAAGUAUGAAUUUUAAAAUAUAUCCUAUUACUGUAGAUAGUUUUAUUUCCAAAAUUGUGAACUGUGAAAGUCGGUGGGAGGUUUCUGGAGAUAAACAGGCUAUAAUAUACGCGCAAGCAUAUGGUGAAGAAUGUGAUAUAUUAAUUCACAUCUAAAUCUAUUAAAAAGUCUGAAGAAAUUUUGGUCAAAUUUUCAAGGCAACGAAACUUGUGCUGCAUGAAAUCUACAUCAUUAACAUGUGUGACUUAAAGUAACCUAGUUUGUAAAGUUUACAAUGCUUUACUAUUGUAUAGUUGUAUAUGUACAUUUUAAUAGUUUUAUGAAUAUUUAAGACUGAAUAUAAACUGGCUUUAAGGGUUUAUUGAUCAAAAAUAAAAACACAAAAUUCACCUACGAUUACAGUACCCGAGUACUCAUAAUUUAUGUUGCUUUUGUUUCUGUGCUGAAUAAAAUUGUCAUUGACAGUAGUCCCUGUUAA